UGGGAAGAAUGCUCCUUACAUUUGUGGACAGUCAGGAAGAACGCUCCUUACAUUUGUGGUCAGUGGGAAGAAUACUCCUUACAUUUGUGGUCAGUGGGAAGAAUGCUCCUUACAUUUGUGGUCAGUGGGAAGAAUGCUCCUUACAUUUGUGGUCAGUGGGAAGAAUACUCCUUACAUUUGUGGUCAGUGGGAAGAAUGCUCCUACAUUUGUGGUCAGUGGGAAGAAUACUCCUUACAUUUGUGGUCAGUAGGAAGAAUACUCCUUACAUUUGUGGUCAGUGGGAAGAAUGCUCCUUACAUUUGUGGUCAGUGGGAAGAAUGCUCCUUACAUUUGCGGUCAGUGGGAAGAAUGCUCCUUACAUUUGUGGUCAGUUGGGAAGAAUGCUCCUUACAUUUGUGGUCAUGGGAAGAAUGCUC